CUAAGAGGCCGGGGAAGGGCGGGGCCUGCGGGGGGGACCUGCUGCUGAGAGAGCAGCGGCCCGAGCCGGGGCCAUGGCGAAGCUCCUGAGCUGCGUAUUAGGCCCCCGGCUCUACAAAAUCUACCGAGAGAGGGACUCUGAAAGGCCCUCGUCCGGCGUCUCUGAGACUCCAACUCCAGUCACUACCCCCCCUUCCAGCUCCUGGGAUACAUAUUAUCAGCCCCGUGCACUGGAGAAACAUGCUGACAGCAUCCUGGCCCUGGCUUCAGUCUUCUGGUCCAUCUCUUACUACUCCUCUCCCUUCGCCUUCUUCUACUUAUACAGGAAAGGUUACUUGAGUUUGUCCAAAGUGGUGCCGUUUUCUCACUAUGCUGGAACAUUGCUACUACUGCUGGCAGGUGUGGCCUGCCUCCGAGGCAUUGGCCGCUGGACCAACCCUCAGUAUCGACAAUUCAUCACUAUCUUGGAAGCAACACAUAGGAACCAGUCAGCAGAAAAUAGGAAACAGCUUUCCAACUACAAUUUUGACUUCAGGAGCUGGCCAGUUGACUUCCACUGGGAAGAACCCAGUAGCCGGAAGGAGUCCCGAGGGGGCCCUUCCCGCCGGGGUGUGGCCCUGCUUCGCCCAGAGCCCCUGCACCGGGGAACAGCCGAUACCUUCCUCAACCAGGUCAAGAAACUGCCUUGUCAGAUCACCAGCUUCCUGGUGGCACACACCCUGGGGCGCCGGAUGCUGUAUCCAGGCUCUGUGUAUCUACUCCAGAAGGCCCUCAUGCCUGUUCUUUUGCAAGGCCAGGCCCGGCUGGUAGAAGAGUGUAAUGGGCGCCGGGCCAAGCUGCUGGCCUGUGAUGGCAACGAGAUUGACACCAUGUUUGUAGAUCGUCGGGGGACAGCUGAGCCUCAGGGACAGAAGCUGGUGAUCUGCUGUGAGGGGAAUGCUGGCUUUUAUGAAGUGGGCUGUGUCUCCACACCUCUGGAAGCUGGAUAUUCAGUUCUGGGCUGGAAUCAUCCAGGCUUUGCUGGAAGCACGGGGGUACCAUUUCCACAGAAUGAGGCCAAUGCCAUGGACGUGGUGGUCCAGUUUGCCAUCCAUCGCCUGGGCUUCCAGCCCCAGGACAUCAUCAUCUAUGCCUGGUCCAUUGGUGGCUUCACUGCCACAUGGGCAGCCAUGUCCUACCCAGACAUUAGUGCCGUGAUCCUGGAUGCCUCCUUUGAUGACCUGGUACCCUUGGCCUUGAAGGUCAUGCCAGACAGCUGGAGGGGCCUGGUGACCAGGACUGUGAGGCAGCACCUCAAUCUGAACAAUGCAGAGCAGCUUUGCAGGUACCAGGGCCCUGUGCUGCUGAUCCGGAGAACCAAGGAUGAGAUCAUCACCACCACGGUUCCUGAGGACGUCAUGUCUAACCGAGGCAAUGAUCUGCUGCUGAAGCUCCUGCAGCAUCGGUAUCCCCGAGUAAUGGCAGAGGAGGGCCUUCAAGUGGUGAAGCAGUGGCUAGAGGCCUCCUCACAGCUGGAAGAAGCCUCAAUUUACAGCCGGUUUGAGGUGGAGGAGGACUGGUGUCUGUCAGUUCUUCGCUCCUACCAGGCGGAACAUGGUCCUGACUUCCCCUGGAGUGUGGGGGAAGACAUGAGUGCAGAUGGAAGGCGACAGCUGGCUUUGUUUCUGGCUCAGAAACACCUGCACAAUUUUGAAGCCACACACUGCACCCCUCUCCCAACCCAGAACUUUCAGAUGCCCUGGCACCUUUAAGGACCAUUGAGGAUGUUUUCUGGAAGAUUCAGAUGGAAGGAAGGACCCUCUUAUUUGUGAUUCUCUGUGUUCAUGUUGCUGUUUAUAGUUUGUGGAAAGUGGGGGACCACCCCUAUUUUUUGCUCUUCUUGCACGUUUCCUUCAUCCAUCCAACAGUACCUAACCUUCCCUGAUAUAUACACUGCAUUAAGUGGAUGGAUAAUUCCUAAUAAUUAAUAAAAAGGUAUUUUUUCUAA